CAGCAGAGGGCUGCGUCUUAUUGCGGAUGCUGCCAACACAUCGACCGGUUCAUAUUGUCCCGGAGAGUGUCAAACAGAAGUACAUGACAGACGGGACCUAAGCUUCACUGGAAAAAGCUACGCUACAGUCAGCAGCUGCAAACAUGGAAGGCUUCAGCGAUAAGCUAUUUUGCUGCAGGUGGGUACGCAACAAGGUCCCCGUGGCCCACAGAGAGGAAUUGUACCACAUCCUGAGGAUGACAGGGCCUCUGCUGUUCUCCCGAAUCCUCCAUUACAUGCUUCCUUUUGUGGUCACAAUGUUCUGUGGGCGCCUAGGAAAUGCAGUGAUGGCUGGCUAUGGAUUAGCCUCUGCUACCCUGAAUGUUACCACGGCAGCGACAGGAUGUGGCCUGGGUCUGGCAUGUGAUACGUUGGUGUCUCAGACGUUUGGGGGUAAGAACCUGCUGCGGGUGGGAGUGAUCCUCCAACGAGGCAUCAUCAUCCUGCUGUUGUUCUGUCUCCCCUGCUGGGGGCUUCUUAUAAAUGCUGAAGCCAUCCUCUUAUGUCUAGGCCAGGACUCUGAGGUUGCCAGAAUAGCUCAGCUGUAUAUUACAGCCUUCCUUCCUGCAGUACCAGCAAUGUUUUUAUUUAAUCUACAGGUGUCUUAUCUGCAGAACCAGGGUAUAAUUCUGCCACAAAUGUAUGCUGCUGCGUUGGCAAACAUAGCAAACCUGGUGACAAACUACAUCUUCCUUUAUUGGCUGAAUCUGGGAGUCGCCGGAUCUGCGGCAGCCAACACUUUGUCUCAGAUUUACAUCUGUGUGUUUCUGUUUGGCUACAUUUGGUGGAAGAAGCUGCAUGUAACAACAUGGAGAGGCUGGUCAGCAGAAUCACUGCAGGAGUGGGGCUCCUACAUGAAGCUGGCCAUCCCCAGCACUUUAAUGAAAUGCUUUGAGUGGUGGCUUUAUGAGUUUGGGGGAUUCUUUGCAGGAAUGCUAAGUGAAGAUGAGCUUGCAGCCCAGCAUGCCGUAAUAAUGGUGGCUUUUAUCAUCUACAUGUUCCCUCUUGGAGUUCAAGCUGCAGCAUGUGCACGGGUUGGUAAUGCUCUCGGUGCAGGAGACACAGCCAGAGCAAUUCUCACCAGCAAGAUGUCACUUACCCUUGCAGGUAGCUUUGCAGUUAUUGAAGGAAUUGUGCUUGGUUCUACCAAAACGGUGAUCGGCUACAUCUUCACCUCUGAUGAGAAUAUUGCACGUCUGGUCUCGAACUUGAUGAAUGCUUACUGUUUCCUUCAGUUCUUCGACGCUCUUGUGUGUGUGUGCACUGGCAUCUUCUUGGGAACAGGCAAACAAAAGAUACCAGCUGUGGCUAAUCUUGUUGGAUACUAUGGCAUAGGGCUUUCACUGAGCGUGACUUUCAUAUUUGUUGCAGAAAUGAGAAUUAUAGGUUUUUGGCUUGGACUGCUCAUCUGCGUCGUUUUACAAUCCAUCUUCUACAUCGUUGUAAUCUUCCGGCUGAACUGGAAGAGAAUGACAGAGGAGGCUGUGAAACGGGCUCAGACAAAGUCUCCCAUGACACUAUUAGCCACAGAUGCCAUGCUAGAUAAUAUGAGUAACAAUAUUCCUGGCCAGGCAUUAAACAAUGAGAAUUCUUCAGAUGGCUACACGUUUGUGAGCACAGAGCAGAAGGAUGGAAGCUCUGAGACGCAGCUGACAGGUCCUCGUCUCUCCACCAGCCAGCUGAUCAUCAGACGUGGCCUCGUGGCGUUUGCAGCGGUGGCUCUUCUCGCUGUGGGAGUGAGCGUGCACUUCCUCGUGCCUUUACCAGAGAUUCACUCUGCGAAGGCCAACUUAACCGAGGACUCGAUCAAUGCAACAUCUGCUCCUGAUCCAUUUUUUCCCACAACGCAGUAGCAGAGACGACCUAACCGUUGGAGCGGUUGAACCCAUGUUUGGAAUCAGGCCGUGAAGCCACAUUUAACCGUUGUGGACUUAUUAACUGUCAUUUAUCAAUUUGAACAAUGUCAGUUUGACUCAACUUUACCAAAUCUGGUGAGGAACAAGCCACGUUACUGCUGAAUGCGUUUUCUUUUCAGUGGUCUGCAUUUUUAUCAUUUUAAUCUGCAUAAGACUGUUAAACUGCUUAGAACACUACCUCUGUCUACUGGAACGGCAAAAGAAACAAUGCUGUUUGUAAAACCAUUAAUAAAUACUUUAUCAUAAUCAA